GGCGAGGAGCAGGUUGGCCUCUCUCCUGAAGGGUCCCCCAGCAGGAUCUGGCCCCAGGCAGAGCGUUGAUGUCUAAGGCGGCUGUGACCUAUGGACAGACGGACCUGCAGGAGCACUGCCUGGUGUUCGUGGAGGACCGCACGCAGGAGGUGGUGCAGACACGGAGUUUCCAUGAGCUGUCGGCCGCAGCGCUGGUGGCCGUGCUGCGCAGCGACCGGCUGGCCAUCGACGAGCCAGACCUGAUCCGGGCCGUGCGGGAAUGGGCCCACGUCAGCUCGGCUGUCCUGGAGCGGCCAGUGGCCGAGGUGGCAGCGGGCCCAGUGCGUGAGCUCCGCCUGCCCCUGCUCUCACCCCAUGAGCUGGCAGCCCUGGAGAGCCACAACCAGAGGGAUCCGCUCAUUCCGGUCGAGUGCAUCGCUGAGGCCUGGAAGUGCCAUGUGCUGAGGAAGGGGAGUGGGGCACCAUCCCGUCUGUGCCAGCGCCGCAGAGGCACCCAGCCCCGGGAGCACCACAGCUACCUCGAGUGAGGAGGCAGCAGCCAGUGGCGGGCACCAGGCGUCACGGGGGGGCAGGGAGAGGCUGUUCCCUCGUCUCUGGGAUGAGUGACAGGGCAAAGUGCACUUCCCAGGACUCUGCUGGUCUUGCGCACCCAUUGUGACAGAGCUGGGGGUAGGCCUGGCCCAUCCUAGCCAGUGCCAGGCCAGGCUCAGGGCUGCCAUUGUCCUGUAUGGAGGGGCAGGGCUGAGACAGCACCUGCCCACAAUGCUCCCUCUUGCCCGAAUUUGCUGUGAGGUCCAGGUAGGCUGCCCAGCUGGCAUGGCUGGGGGUGGCAGGGCAGGGCCAGGGAGAGGCUCCCACCCAUUAUCUCCUAUUCAGGCACAGCCAGAUCAGCUGAGAGCUCCCUGAGCCGACAGCCCCGCGCAUUGGCAAUGGAUUGAGACGGGCCUGGAUUUUUCCGUGGCCCAGACAGAAGGCUGAGUGGGGUGACAUGACAGCCUCCUGUCUGAGCCCGAUCUUGGGUGGAGCUGGGGAAGGUCAGGUUAGUACCUCCUGCAGCCUGGGGCCAGCUACAGCAGCCCAGGGACUGCUCUAAUAUACACCUGGGCUGUAACAAGGGCUAGCUAGCAGCCCAGACUAGCCAGAGGGCCCAGCCCAGUAGCAUAGCUGGGGGGAGUGGGGGAGCGGCCGCUCCCUCAUCGAGCACAAGUGGCUCCGGGUGUCUUCAGCGGCACUGAAGCUUCAUCGCCGAAAUGCCGCCGAAGACCUGCGGAGCGAGUGAAGGUC